CAAAGUCGAUUGACACCUAACCCCAAUCUCAGCCGUCAAUACCAGUCCACGACUCCAUCCAGUCAUCCAAUCAUCAACCCCUCCAAAUCCACGCUGGACUCUCUCUUUCUCUCUCUCUGUCUCCCUCUCUCUCUCAGCCUGAAAAUCGUCGACACAGCGAUUCCACCGUGUCGACGAUCUCUCACGAACGAAGCUCUAAUUUUCUCUCCCUAAAUCGAAUGAGAUUCAGUGUUUUUCUUACUUACCACCUCAUUUUUUGAUACAUAUAUGAUAUAAUUAAAGUUUAUUUGGCUGUUGGGUGACUGAGUUGAGUCAGUAGUUCAGAUUGACCGAGUUGCGGAUACGACGCACAUUCAUGUGUAUAACAUAAUGGUUUGACUGAUAUUGGAGGAAGUGGUGUAGUCUCGACAAUGGGUAGUGCUGAGAUGGAUAAAUCUUCUAAGGAGGGCAAAGAAACAAAGGAGUCAAAAAUUUCUUCUUCGCAGGAGCAGAAUUCAGCAACUUCUGGUAUGGUUACUGCUGAAUGGGCUGCCUUUCAGGGGUAUUCUCCUAUGCCUUCACAUGGGUUCUUGGCAUCAAGUCCGCAACCGCACCCAUAUAUGUGGGGAGUUCAGCAAUUUAUGCCACCCUUCGGCACUCCACCCCAUCCAUACGUUGCAAUGUAUCCCCCCGGGAGUAUAUAUGCACAUCCAACUAUUCCUCCAGGAUCAUACCCUUUCAGCCCUUUUGCUAUGCCAUCUCCAAAUGGUAUUGCUGAAGCUUCUCCUAACACUCCCGGCAACAUGGAACUGGAUGGUAAGUCAUCUGAGGGGAAGGAAAAACUUUUGAUUUUAAUGCAUGAGCAGAAUUCAGCAACUUCUGGUAUGGUUACUGCUGAAUGGGCUGCCUUUCAGGGGUAUUCUCCUAUGCCUUCACAUGGGUUCUUGGCAUCAAGUCCGCAACCGCACCCAUAUAUGUGGGGAGUUCAGCAAUUUAUGCCACCCUUCGGCACUCCACCCCAUCCGUACGUUGCAAUGUAUCCCCCCGGGAGUAUAUAUGCACAUCCAACUAUUCCUCCAGGAUCAUACCCUUUCAGCCCUUUUGCUAUGCCAUCUCCAAAUGGUAUUGCUGAAGCUUCUCCUAACACUCCCGGCAACAUGGAACUGGAUGGUAAGUCAUCUGAGGGGAAGGAAAAACUUCCCAUCAAAGUAUCUAGGGGAAGUUUAGCCAGUUUGAAUAUGGUUACUGGGAAGGAUAUUGAACCUGGUAAAACAUCUGGUGCAUCUGCAGAUGGUGUGCAUUCCAAGAGUGGUGAGAGUGCAAGUGAAGGGUCCGGUGAAGGAAGUGAUGCAGAUUCUCAAGAUGACUCACAAAUGAAGUCCGGAGGCCUGCAAGAUUCUGCUGAAACAUCUCUGAAUGGAAAUGCUGGUCAUGGUUCCCAGAAUGGAGGACCAAAUACACCUAAUUCAGAAGUGAAUCGAACUCGUUCUAUCAUGCCAAUGGCAACAGCUGGGGUUGUGAGUGGUAUUCCUCACACCACUAACUUAAAUAUCGGCAUGGAUUACUGGGGUGCCGCUACACCAUCAACUAUCCCUGCAAUGCAUGGUAAGGUACCUUCUCUUGGUGCUGGAGGAAUGGUCACUACUGGAUCACGGGAAAAUGUUCAGUCACAGCUUUGGAUACAGGAUGAAAGGGAGAUUAAAAGACAGAGAAGAAAGCAAUCAAACCGGGAAUCUGCUCGCCGAUCCAGACUGCGCAAGCAGAUUCAGGAUGAAAGGGAGAUUAAAAGACAGAGAAGAAAGCAAUCAAACCGGGAAUCUGCUCGCCGAUCCAGACUGCGCAAGCAGGCAGAAUGCGACGAGCUGGCCCAGCAUGCUGUAGCUUUAAAAGAAGAAAACUCGUCUCUUAGAGCAGAAGUGGCUCGUAUACGGAGCGAGUAUGAGCAACUUUGUGCCCAGAAUGCAUCUCUGAAGGAGAAACUUGGUGAAAGUUCCAGUCAGGAUGAUCCGAGGUGCAGUCAGGAUUCCGGCCAAGCAGAUAACGAGCAAAGUGGGCAAUGAGUUUUGAGAAUGAGUGGCUUAACCUAACCAGUAGUGAUAUGAACUCCAAAAUUUAGGUAUUGUGUAGUUGAAAAUUCUGUCAAAACUUACGAUUCUAGUCCCAAUAUUUGUUUGUCAAUUAUUGCCCAUUAUUUGCCAUUUGACCAACGUUUUAUGGUUGAGGAAUCCAGAUAUAAUGUAGAGCUGGUAAUUUGUGAUUUUACCCUCGUUCAGAAAAAAAGGGUAUUGCGUUCAUCCAUGUUA